AUGCGACCACCGGGAUCUGUUGCGCCAUUGAGUGUCCUCGAAAGCCUGGGCCGGCAAUGCACGCAACGCCUUGCCCGGCAAGCCUGCGGGAGGAGGACCUUCUCGAACACCGCUUUCCCGCGAACAUCUGUCCCGCUCUCCGCUGCCCCCCGCCUCAAAGCGGGCUACUUCCUGUCCAACAGCCUUCUCGGACGAUUCAGUGGCAGCAAUGCUAGUCCCUCGCCGCCGGACUCGGCAGGCGGCGCAUCAUCAUCACCAUCCUCAUCUGCCCCUCCACCGUCAUCCGAUCUGCAUCCGAAUGCCCAUCUCCCACACCGAAGGCGGCAAGCCGCCAAGCGGGAAGCCGCGAGGUUACAAUCCUCCACGACGGCCACCGCCGACAGCGCCGACCUCCCUCCGGCCGACGCCUCCGCCCUGCUCGCGCACCUCGCCUCCCGCCAGCCUGAGCGCUCCCUCCGGCGGACCCUCUCGGCGCUCCUCUCGCUCUCUAAGCCACGACUGACGGUCCUCGUCGUCCUCUCCGCCAUGGCUCCCUACGCGCUCUACCCGGUGCCGGCCUUCCUCUCGCCCACCGCCCUCGCCGACGCGCCCUCCCUCUCGCCGCUGACGCUCCUCUUCCUCACCGCCGGCACGACCCUCUGCUCCGCCGCGGCCAACGCCCUCAACAUGCUCUACGAGCCCGCCACCGACGCCAAGAUGAGCCGCACGCGCGCCCGCCCCCUCGUCCGCGGCCUGAUCCGGCCCUCGACGGCGGCGCUGUUCGCGCUCGCCUGCGCCGCCGCCGGGACCGCCGCGCUGUGGCUGGGCGUCAACCCGACGGUGGCGGGGCUCGGCCUCGCCAACAUCGUGCUGUACGCCGGCGUCUACACGCCCCUCAAGCGCGUCUCCUGGCUCAACACGUGGGUCGGCGCCGUCGUCGGCGGCAUCCCGCCGCUGAUGGGCUGGGCCGCCGCGGCGGGCGAGUCGGCCACGCGCGACGGCGGCUGGCGCGAGCUGCUGUUCAGCUUCCCCUCGCUUACCGCCCCGAGCAGCGUCGGCGGCUGGCUCCUCGCGGGCAUCCUGUUCGCCUGGCAGUUCCCGCACUUCAUGGCGCUGUCGUGGGGGGUGCGCGACGAGUACCGGGCGGCGGGCCUGCGCAUGCUGUGCUGGGUGGACCCGGCGCGCAACGGCCGCGUGGCGCUGCGCUACUCGCUCGUCUUCCUGCCGCUGUGCGUCGGGCUGUGCGCCGCCGGCGUCACCGAGUGGUCCUUCGCCGCCACCAGCCUGCCCGCCAACCUGUGGCUGGCGCGCGAGGCGGUGCGGUUCUGGCGCCUCGGAGGGGCCGGCGGGUCCGCGAGGGGUCUGUUCUGGGCGAGCGUGUGGCAUCUGCCUGUUGUCAUGGUGCUGGCGCUUGCGCAGAAGAAGGGGAUGUGGGGUCGUGUGUGGAGGAGCGUGGCUGGCGAGCCGGAUGACGAGGAUGAGGACUUUGAGGACUGGGAGGAGGAUGGUGACGAAGCGUGA